CGGGCGGCGCCGCGGCCCCGCCCCCGCGGCGCCGAGGGAUGUUCUGUGGCGGCGGCGGCGACGCCGGGGCUCGCCAUGGUCUGAGGCGUGCGGGGGCGCCGCGAUGAACGGGGCGGCCCCGCCGCUCUUCGACCCCAAGGAGCGGGUGCUGAAGCUGGGCGAGAGCUUCGAGAAGCAGCCGCGCUGCGCCUUCCACACCGUCCGCUAUGACUUUAAGCCAGCAUCUAUUGAUACAUCCUGUGAAGGAGACCUUGAAGUUGGCAAAGGUGAACAGGUGACAAUAACACUGCCAAAUAUUGAGGGCUCAACUCCACCAGUGACUGUUUUCAAGGGCUCAAAGAAGCCUUACCUAAAAGAAUGUAUCUUAAUUAUCAACCAUGACACUGGAGAAUGUCGCCUAGAGAAACUUAGUAGCAACAUCACUGUGAAAAAAACAAGAGCUGAAGGAAGCAGCAAGGUCCAGUCUCGUAUUGAGCAGCAACAGCAGCAAAUGCGAAAUGCAACUAAGAUUCCGAACAAUGUUAAAAAUUCUCCACCAAAAGAAAAGAUGUUUCCAUCUUCUCCUAUGGAUGAUAUUGAACGAGAGCUAAAAGCAGAAGCCAGUAUCAUGGACCAGUUGAGUAGCUCUGACAGUUCAUCUGACUCUAAAAGUUCUUCAUCGUCUUCAUCUAGUAGUGAAAAUAGUUCUAGUGAUUCUGAAGAUGAGGAGACGAAGUCCUCUCUUCCUAUGUCAAUGCCAUAUUUGCAGCCACAGCCUACUGUAUCUGCCAUGCCACAACAGGCUGUCCCUGACAAAGAUGCCAGUCAUAACAGAUCCCAGGAGAGUAGUGGUCAUAUGAUGAAUACACUACGAAAUGACUUGCAGCUGAGUGAAUCUGGAAGCGAUAGUGAUGACUGAACAAACUUUUGGCCUUAAAUGUUAUCACCUUUUUUGCUAAAGUUGUCUUAGCAUCUGUUUUGCACUAAGAUUAGAUUACCAGAGACUGGAAUGAAUGUCCUCAAUUUUGAUAAUGAAGACAUCUUAAUUUUCUACUGACGCAUCACAUCUACGAUUCAGCAGCAUUGAUAUCUUGUCAGUGCUUUGGUUAUGUGUUUAUCUUCCAAAUUACUGUAUUUACAGUAAAAAUGUGUAUGAUCUGAUUUUGAUUAUUUUUGCCUCAGCCACCUGUUGUACUUGAAACUGAUUUGUAACAGCUAGUUACUUUAUAUAAUAGUUAUGGAAUGGAGAAAUUUCUGGUGUUUAUGGAGGCAAGUUUCCUUCCUAUCAUUUAAAUAUUGAAUGCUGAUCUCGCAACUCUUACUUGGAGAGGGUGAAAGGGAGAACAACUAAAUGAGGUCUGCUGUGUCAGCUACACUUUUCAUUCAAUUCACAGUUCAUAUCUUUAAGGAAACUGCUGAAUAAUGUGGUCCACUAAGUGUAGUUACAGUUUACAAUUGUUCAACACAUUGCUGAAUUCUUAAUUUCAUUGUAUUAUAGGACUUUAUAUUUCUGAGCCUCAAGAUUCCUAAGGAAACCUGUCUAUUCUCUGCCUUUUUAUGUAACUUGAACAGGCUGGUCUUUUUACAACUUUUUUUGUAUCUAAAUUUAGAUAACUGCAGAGAGCAAUGAAUUUCCUUCAUUUAAUUCUGUAACAAAUCAGAAAAUUUCUUUGUAGGAGUAUAAAAGUAAUUUAAUAAAGCAAUAUUUAUCAUUUUAA